AUGUUAAGCAGUACAAAUUGUGGUUGGGUCGAUGAACCUGAUGAAUUAUUUGAUCCCAUACAAUUUGCUGUCGAUUUAAACAUUCCGGAUAAAAACAAUAGUACUAAUGGUGAUGUAAAUUCAGUUGCUAAUAAUGAACAUGUAUUUAUAUCAAAAGGUUUAAUUACCAAAGCCAAUGGUUCAUCAUAUAUUAAACUGGGGUCAACAAAAAUUACUUGUUCAAUUUAUGGUCCACACGAAACAACAACGGAUGAAUCAUAUUCAAAAUAUUUGUUAGAAACAUCGAUUAAAUUUAGCCCAUUUGCUCGUCAAAAGCGUAUUGAUCCAUUACGUAUAACCUAUGAAAAUUCAAAUGAUAUAGUUUUAAUUAAUUUAUUUAACGAGGAUUGUAAUAUACAAAAAACUUUUCCGCUCUACAUAUAA